AUGGUACACAUACGCCCUGAGCCCCGUCAAUGCACAUUCCACACUCAGGGCACCUUGACUAGUGUCCUCAAGCAGCAUUCUGUACCAGUAGAAGUUGAUGUGCAUGCUCAUCAGGUUGGUGGGAAACUUGCCACAGCGAAUGUUCUCCUCAAUUACCUAGUAAAUAUGCAGCUCCCCCGCUCUGAGUACAUGAGCACUCUCCUCAAGGACCUGUGUCUCUACUACAGCUACAAUGAGUACCUCAUGGAGAAACUCAUCAGCUUGUUCCCCUCAGAGGUAGGCACCUAUAUAUUUGAAUCAUUGAUUUUACUGGAGUCCAACGAGGUGCCGCGCCCAGUCACGAUACGCAUAAACACACUGAAGACACGGCGUAGGGACCUUGCACAGGCGUUGAUCAACCGAGGCGUGAAUCUGGACCCGAUAGGGAAGUGGUCCAAGGUUGGACUGGUUGUGUAUGACUCACUGGUGCCCAUAGGUGCCACCCCAUAGCACCUAACCGGUCACUACAUGCUACAGGGAGAAUCCAGCUUCCUGCCUGUGAUGGCCCUAGCCCCACAGGAGAGUGAGAGAGUCCUUGGCAUGCUCAGCCCCGGGGGCAAGACCACGUAUAUAGCUGCUCUGAUGCGUAACAUGGGCAUGCUGUUUGCUAACGACGCCAACAAGGAACGUGUACAGGCGGUGGUAGGAAAUGUGCAUCGUAUGGGGAUCACCAACACAGUCAUCUCUGACGUGGACGGCAGGAGGCUGCCUGAGAUCCUGAAGGGGUUUGACCGUGUGUUGCUGGACGCUCCCUGCAGUGGGUCAGGGGUCAUCUCCAAGGACCCAGAGGUCAAGGUCACCAAGGACGAGGCGGAUAUCUUGCGAUGUUCCCAACUGCAGAAUGAACUUCUACUAGCAGCGAUAGACUGCUGUAUUGCAAAGUCAAAGACUGGGGGCUAUGUUGUGUACUCAACCUGCUCUGUGUUGGUGGAGGAGAAUGAAUGGGUGGUAGACUACGCAUUGAAGAAACGCAAUGUGAAACUGGUACCAACCGGUCUUGACUUCGGAAAGGACGGAUUCACCAAUUUUGAGAAGCACCGGUUCCUUCCGAGUCGGAUGCUGACAAAACGUUUCUACCCACACACACAUAAUUUUGAUGGGUUUUUUGUGGCAAAAUUGAAGAAGUUCUCCAACAACAUUCCAGGAAUGAAGGAACUCUGA